GCGAGAAACUCAGAAAAGCAUGACAAACGCAUGAUUUUCUUGCUACUGCUGCUACAUAUUUCAUCUUCGGUCCCGCAGUAUAGCUAUGAUCGUCAGGACAUCUACCGUACGAAGACGAGAUUAAUUCAACUCAAUUCAAAAAACAACUAUCCGUCUUCUGCUAUUUACAGCCUUAGGAAAGAAGAGCGACAUACCAUACCCACGACCGCAGCAAUCGGAAUUACUCCCCAUCGCAAUCUGAGCUGUCAUCAUCAUAAACCCUCCGGCCCCAGAUCCACAUAAUUACCUACAUACACUCACUACCUAAAGUAGCGCAUCUGCGCUAAUUCUUGUUGACC